AUGACCGGGACGAGCUUUCAGGACCAAUGGAUGAUCGGUCAUCCGGGAAUGGGUGGGCAAAAUGUGAAGAUGGAUCCAACGAAUAAAGUCGCAUUUGCGUAUAUUUCCAACAGUGUCAAAUGGGGUAUUUCUGACUAUGUGGUCACAUUUAUGCGAUUGCAAAACGCAUUGUAUCAAUGCUUGAAUGAGCAAAAUCUGCUUGGUGAUGACAGCAACGAUGUGACACUAGUAACUGAUGUGCAAUCAGCGAUUGAUGCCACAGAGACAAUCGUGGAAACAGAUAAAUUGUUAGCAGAUCAACGAAAUGCAACAAAAACACCGUCCACGCCUGUCAGCAACGCGGACAAUUCGGCAGCCCAAAAGCCUACUGAUCAACCACUUCAGAAGCCAAAAACUGAACGAACUGCAACUCCUUCACCUAUCCAGCAAGCCAAAACGCCCGUUACUGCCAAAAGUGUAGCACCUUCCAGUGAUACGUCGUUGCAAACUAGUGACAACGGAGUGAAGACAUAA